CCGAAAAAACGCGUAGAUCAUCAUCAAACCAUCUUCUGAUCUGUCUGUCUCUUUCAUCCAUCAUCUCCCUUCUUCACCUUCAACACUCUCAUUUCUUCCUUCUCCACCCCCUUCAACAAUGUCUUCACACCCCUCUCUCUUUUCCCUCUUCUUCUUCCUCCUUCUCUCCCUCCCACAACAUUCCUUCUCCUCAACAGAGGAGUAUCUCAAAUUACCCUUACUCCCUCGCACCCCCCUCCCCUCCCCCUCCCACCUCCUCGCCGCCGACCUCCGCCGCCUCUCCGCCAACUCCCCCCUCACCUCCGGCGCCCCCACCGGCUCCGGCCAGUACUUCGCCUCCCUCCGCCUCGGCUCCCCUCCCCAGCGCCUCCUCCUCGUCGCCGACACCGGCAGCGACCUAAUCUGGGUCAAAUGCUCCGGCUGCCGCCGCAACUGCUCUUCCACCGCCUUCCUCCCCCGCCACUCCGCCUCCUUCUCCCCCCAUCACUGCUACGACUCGCCGUGCCAACUCGUCCCCCACCCCCCGAGUCCCAAAAAUCAUCUCUGCAACAAUCACACCAAACUCCACACCCCAUGCCACUACCAAUACUCCUACGCCGACGGGUCCACCUCCACGGGCUUCUUCUCCAAAGAAACAAUAUCACUCAACACAACUAACUCUACUCGUCAAACAAGACUCAAUAAACUUUCCUUCGGCUGCGCCUUCCGUACCUCCGGCCCAAGCGUCACGGGCCACAGCUUCAACGGCGCGCAGGGCGUAAUGGGCUUGGGCCGCGGCCCGAUCUCCUUCACCUCUCAACUCGCCCGCAAACUCAGCAACACAAAGACCAAAAACACCUUCUCUUACUGUCUUCUCGACUACACCCUCUCCCCUCCCCCUACUAGCUACCUCACCAUUGGCCCCACCCCUAACGACGUCGUUUCGCGAAACUCAUUCACUUACACUCCGUUACUCACUAACCCUUUCUCUCCUUCCUUUUACUACAUUUCUAUUCAGAGUGUUUCUGUUGACGGCGUUAGGUUACCGAUAAGUGAAUCUGUUUUCCGGAUUGACGCCAACGGUAAUGGCGGCACCGUCGUGGAUUCCGGCACCACGCUCAGCUUUCUCGCCGAGCCGGCUUACGGGAAGAUCCUCGCGGCGUUCCGGCGGCGCGUGAGGCUUCCGGCGGUGGAGAGCGCUGCCGCGCUGGGGUUCGACCUUUGUGUUAAUGUUUCCGGCGUGGCGAGGCCGAAGCUGCCGCGGCUGAGAUUCCGGCUCGCCGGGAAAGCGGUUCUGUCGCCGCCGGUGGGUAAUUAUUUUAUUGAACCGGCGGAGGGAGUUAAGUGUCUUGCGGUUCAGCCGGUUCGACCGGAUUCGGGGUUUUCGGUGAUUGGGAAUCUGAUGCAGCAGGGGUACUUGUUUGAGUUCGAUUUGGACCGGUCGCGGAUCGGGUUCACGCGUCACGGAUGCGCGGUUCGUUGAUAAAAAUCGAACCGAAAUAAAUCGAACCGCUUUUUGUUUUUUAAAAGACACGGAUUUGUUAUUAUUGCCGCUUGUAUUUUUUGGGGGACAUUUGGAUUAUUAUUGUGGGAAAUUUCGGUGGAAGAACGUUGUGAUGAUCCUGUACUUUUUAUUAUUUGAAAUUUCUUUUUGGUUUAUUUAUUAUUUACUACUAUCUUAUA